AUGGACCACAGCCACCACAUGCACCCCAUGGAAGGCCACGAAGGCCACAGCGGCGGCGACAUGGACGACAUGUGCAGCAUGAGCAUGCUCUUCACUUGGGAUACCACCAAUCUGUGCAUCGUCUUCCGCCAGUGGCACAUCCGCUCCAACACCUCGCUUGUCUUGUCCCUCAUCGCAGUCGUUCUCAUCGGCAUGGGAUACGAGGCCCUGCGCUCCGUGUCUCGCAACUAUGAGGCAUCUCUGGCGAAGCGACUGGAAACUGUUCCAAACUCGACUGCGCAUGGCUAUCGCGAUAAUGAUGAUGAUGAUGAUGAUGACGUUGAAAAUAAUGUUGCUGAGACACCCGAUUUCAACCGCUCAGGGCAAAACCGCGAAGAUGCCAGCAAGCGAGGCCACCUCAUCAAAGCCCUACUCUACUCCUUUCAGAACUUUUACGCCUUUAUGCUCAUGCUUGUAUUUAUGACUUAUAACGGUUGGGUUAUGGUAGCCGUCUCGCUGGGUGCGUUUUUCGGCUACCUCUUGUUCGGCCAUUCCACGUCCGCAACAAAGGAUAAUGCUUGCCAUUAA